AUGUCGCUGACCGAAAUCGCCGAGACGGAGCCCACAACACUGACCAACGACGCCCUUGAUAAAGCUGAGCAAUUACCAGCGCACAACGAACACGAAGAGAAGAACGGAAAUGGCACGAAGCCAUCGGGAGAUGUGUACCACGGCGACGCAAGCACAGAGGCCUUCCACAAACUGCUGGAUAAUGCCCUGGCCACGGGAGCACCUAGUGACAGCAAGAAGGGCGACAAUACGAGUCAAAGGACUUCUCAACAGGAGUUGGGGACUGAGGAAAGCCGCCCAGCGACGCCGCGGUCCACGAUGACAUACGAUCCGAACGAUGCGUUUGGAGACUUUGACGGCGUGCACUGCGAGCCGGACUUUGGCUACUUCGAGGAUGUACCGAUGCCUGAGCCGGAACCCAUGCCGGAGCCCCAGAGCGAGCAGCCAUUCAGCCGACCGGACAUGCCGCGCCCACAGUCCUACUUCGACAUGCAGACGGGCCAGCAGAUGAUGUAUUACCCGGCUCGCGUGCCAGCUAUGCUCAAUCUGCCGCCCAAACUGUCUAGGAAACCGAAGGCAGCCAUCCGCAACGCCAGGCACUCUAAAGUACUGCAAGCUAUGGGUCACCCAGGUCUCGGACAGGCCGAGUACAUGGAGCGAGGCUCGCACGCAGCCCCCGUCCGCCAGUCGACCUUAUGGCUGCCUGACCCCGUGGAGUCUGAGGCAUUCUCCCCCUUUCCCCUGGAGCCAUCGCCAGUGGAGCCUGCGCAUGACAGGACAUCAUUACUCGAUGGUAGCCACGAACAACGCUCAUGGUCGGCCGGCCGCGAACAAGGGCCUGAAUCCCCCUACGACCCGAUGCCCCAACCUCCACCGGCCGCUCGGCAGCGCUCUCCUCGCACGGUCGAAAUGGACGCCCACAAAUCGGCUCACAUGGAGGAUCUACCACCACAUUUGCGUGCCAGCGCCUUUUUCGAAUUGCCGCCCGAGCCGCCCACUGUCGAAAUGAAAGGUGGCUCUGCGAUGGACACCCUCGACAGCAUCCUUGAUGCGUCGGCCAAUGCCCCUGUUGAUGCCUUUACCGAUCAUGCGUUUGCAGGCAAGCUUGGUCGGGAGGUGUAUGGUCGUGAGAAGAAGGCGAACCGCAAGUCGUCUGCCCUGCUGCAACCAGAGCAUGCUGAUGGCAAGAAACGUGGUUCGUUUAUGCCGUUUGGCAAAUCAAGCAAUGAUGGUUCCUCUGAUCGGAGAAACACUAUGACUGGCGUUUCCAUUCAUAGCAAUAGAACAAGAGAACGUGGCGACGAGGACGAGAGCCAAGCGCUCUCUGGCAGUGUCGAUGGCGAGCACCGCAGAGACGACGAAGAGGAAUUCGUGUCCGAGGACGAGGAGGAACUCUACGCGGGCCCUCCUACGACCCUGUUGGCCGAACUGCAGCUUCGAAAGCACGAGCAGAAGCUGCGGACGCGCAACCAACACCAAGCUGUCCCCGGGGGUAUGCAUUCGACCCUGCUGGAGCUCGACGCCGUUGCCGAGGCACAGCGCAAGACGCGCAAGACGCGCCGCGUGAACCUGGCUUGGGAGGACCCUGACGCCAACCCCGACCACAGUUCUGAAGAUGAAGACGUGCCGCUUGGCUUGCUCUACGCCGGCAAGGCUGCGGGCAACAAUGAUUUCACCGCCGCCAUGGCCGAGCUCAACCGGCCGAUCGGCCUCAUGGAACGCCGUGAGAUGGAAGACAAUGAGCCCCUCAGCGCGCGACGAGCCCGCCUACAAGGCAACGAGCCUUUGACUAUUUCAAAGCACCGGAGUAUGAUGACACUGAACCCGGGCGGCGCUAGCAACAACCGCUUUUCACGGAUGCCAUCGCCGCAACGGUCCGCUAGCCGGUUGGAUCUCGAAGCCAGUGCACCCCGAAUCGAAGAACCCGAGGAGCCCGAGAUCGAAGAAGAGACGCUGGCUGAGCGGGUUCGCCGUCUUCGCGCCAAGGAGGAAGCUGAACACUCGAACCUGCCUCGCACGAGGCCCGUCUCUGCAGCGUUCUCCGUCGAGCUCCUCAGUCAAUUUGGUGAUCUGGACGAAGACAAGACGAAGGAGAAGGCAGCCCCUGCCAAGAACGCCGACGAAGAACAGGAAACGCUCGGCCAGAGGCGUAAGCGCCUGCAAGCCGAGCGUGAGGCGAGGGAGCGAGAGAUGAACACGCAGAUCCGACCUUCGCUCGCACCGCGGCCGGACCAUGAACAUGGCAGACGUGCUCGGCGCACACCCUGUACGUGA